AUGGCUGUCACUAAAAUUUUUGCUCGUUCCGUCUACGACUCCAGAGGUAACCCAACCGUCGAGGUUGACUUGACCACCGACAAGGGUCUUUUCAGAGCCAUUGUGCCAUCUGGUGCCUCCACCGGUGUCCACGAGGCCUUGGAAUUGAGAGACGGCGACAAGUCCAAGUGGUUGGGCAAGGGUGUCACCAAGGCUGUUGCCAACGUCAACAACGUCAUUGCCCCAGCUUUCGUCAAGGAGAACUUGGACAUCACCAACCAGGCCAAGGUUGACGAGUUCUUGAACUCCUUGGACGGUACCCCAAACAAGUCUAAGUUGGGUGCCAACGCCAUCUUGGGUGUUUCUUUGGCUGCUGCCAAGGCUGCUGCCGCUGAGAAGGGUGUCUCCUUGUACAAGCACUUGGCUGACCUCGCUGGCUCCAAGCAGGACAAGUUCGUUUUGCCAGUUCCUUUCCAGAACGUCUUGAACGGUGGUUCCCACGCUGGUGGCUCUUUGGCUUUCCAGGAGUUCAUGAUUGUCCCAACUGGUGCCCCAAGCUUCUCUGAGGCUAUGAGAAUUGGUUCUGAGGUUUACCACACCUUGAAGUCCUUGACCAAGAAGAAGUACGGUUUGUCUGCUGGUAACGUCGGUGACGAGGGUGGUGUCGCUCCAAACAUCCAGACCGCCGAGGAGGCCUUGGACCUUAUUGUCGAUGCCAUUGAGAAGGCUGGUUACAAGGGUGAGGUCAGCAUCGCUUUGGAUGUUGCUUCUUCCGAAUUCUACAAGGACGGUAAGUACGACUUGGACUUCAAGAACCCAGAGUCUGACGCUUCCAAGUGGUUGUCCGGUGAGCAAUUGGCUGACUUGUACGUUUCUUUGAUCGAGAAGUACCCAAUUGUCUCCAUUGAGGACCCAUUCGGUGAGGAUGACUGGGAGUCCUGGUCUCUCUUCUUCCCAAGAGUUGCUGACAAGAUCCAGAUUGUUGGUGAUGACUUGACUGUUACCAACCCAUUGAGAAUCAAGACCGCCAUUGAGAAGAAGGCCGCCAACGCUUUGUUGUUGAAGGUCAACCAGAUCGGUUCUUUGACCGAGUCUAUCCAGGCUGCCAAGGACUCUUACUCCGCUGACUGGGGUGUGAUGGUCUCCCACAGAUCUGGUGAGUCUGAGGACACCACUAUUGCUGACUUGGCUGUCGGUUUGAGAUCUGGCCAGAUUAAGACUGGUGCUCCUGCCAGAUCCGAGAGAUUGGCUAAGCUUAACCAGAUCUUGAGAAUCGAGGAGGAGUUGGGUGACAAGGCCAUCUACGCUGGUAAGAACUUCAAGGCUGCCCAGAACUUGUAA